AUGCUGGGCGCCGCUCUCCAACGCUGUGCUGUAGCCGCAGCCACAGCCGCAGCCGCCCGGGCCGGCCCUCGAGGCCUUCUGCACUCCGCCCCGGCUCCCGGCCCCGUCACCGCUAUCCAGUCAGUUCGCUGCUACUCCCAUGGUUCUCAUGAGACAGAUGAGGAGUUUGAUGCUCGCUGGGUGACAUACUUCAACAAGCCAAAUAUCGAUGCCUGGGAAUUGCGUAAAGGGAUGAACACGCUUGUUGGCUAUGAUCUGGUUCCAGAACCCAAAAUCAUCGAUGCUGCUUUGCGGGCAUGCAGACGGUUAAAUGAUUUUGCUAGUGCUGUUCGCAUCCUAGAGGUUGUUAAGGACAAAGCAGGACCUCAUAAGGAAAUCUACCCCUAUGUCAUCCAGGAACUUAGACCAACUUUAAAUGAAUUGGGGAUCUCCACUCCAGAGGAACUGGGUCUUGACAAAGUGUAA